GUAACAUUUAAGUUUAAUAAAUGCUGUAGAAGUAUUCAUUCUUAGUUCAUGUUAACUAAUGUUAACUAAUGAAACCUUAUUUAAGUUACCAACUCAACCUCUUUGGCAGUGCAGCAGAAGCAGAAUCCAGAUGAUCCACAAAAUGUCCUGUCGCACUCGUAACGGAUAGCAUAAAAGCUCAAAAUUACAUGGAAGGUAGCUUUUAUCUUGUUUAGCUGUCUUUAGUGUGUGCAUUUUAAGAAUAUAGCAUUUUCUUAUAACACAGCUUGAUUUUUAGUAAAGCUUCACAUUCAUUUAGCUUGUUUUUCUGACUAAAAGAUGUUAAAAGCAGUUCAGACUUAAUUAAAGACUCUUGUCUUUGCAUCACCGAGUAUUUGUGACUCCUGGAUUGCUGACGCAUGUGUGAGUGUGUGUAAAUGUAGCAGCGAUCAUGUCAUAAGUCCAGGAAUCCUUCGUGCUCCCACAAUCCACUUUUAUCAUCUAGGCUAAUUUCUGCCUGUAAUCAGAUUACUGCCUGUGAGCUGCCUUAGCACCUCUCUCUCUCUCUCUCUCUCUCUCUCUCUACCACCCUCCCAUGUGUUUGCUUUAGCCCUGCAGUUUUGCCUGUGUGCAUUUCCAUCACGUUGAGUCCGUCCGUGGCGGUCCCUCUCUCUCUCUUGCUCUUUCUUCGUCUGUCUGAGCCUGUGAUUAGGUCUAUCUGUCCUUUUCCUCUCUUUCAUCUGUUUUCUUCUUUCCUUUUCAUUCCAACAUGUUUCAAAACCCGUGGAUUGCUAACUAUCUCAACCAUGUCACACAGUGUAGUCAAGGCUUUGUCCGUGACGCUUCUGCUAAGCUCUACAGCCCUGCACUACUAAAGAAAAGCACAAUAAGCUUUGGUGUGGAUGACAGGACAUCACUGGUUAGGAGUACUACAGAUAUUGAUGAAAAAAUUCUUGCUGCGUUGCCCAAAGUUUCAGAGCUAAGGAAGCAAUUUGAAACCACGAUCAGAAGUUGCCCAGAAAUGAACAGGAAAGAGAGGAUAGCAAGAAGGUUGGAGGGGAUUGAGGCUGAUGUUCCAGCUGCUCUUAAUACAAGCAUGCAACAUACAGCCGGCCUUGUGACUAAUCGGCUAUUGGAGGAGGACACACCACGCUACACACGUGCUUCAGAUCCUAGUGAUCCAGGCAUUGUGGUGCGACGCUACAGUCGUGAUGAGAUGGAAGCUCCAGAGCGACAAUCCAGAGCUCGGGCACGUCCAGAUCCACAGUCGUCCGUCCAUCCUGACCCAGUAGACCUUACCCCAGCAGGGUCUGAUGCAGCCAGCCUCAGCUCUAAAGCUGAGCGGAUCGCACGCUACAAAGCUGAACGUCGACGACAAUUAUCAGAACGGUACGGAAUCCUCCUCGACCAGGAGGUGGAUCUGGAUUACACGCCACGCUACACACGUGCACGGAGAGAGUCUGACCUGUCGGACAGAGGGGCUCCUCCUGACAGGGGACGUGGUGAAAGCAGAACGGGGGGCGGGGCAUUGCAAGAGCAGGAUAAGGGCCGGGAUCGAAGCAGCAGCAGGUCUAAAUACAGCAGUUCAGGGAUAGGGCGGGUCUUCAUGCCUUCUGACCCCGCCCCCGAUCAUGCUCCUCCGUCAGGCUUUGAUGCCGAGCGAGAGAGAGAGAGGGCGAUGAACUUGGAAAAUUCGAGACGAGCACCUGAUCGAAGUCCGAAACCAUGGCCACAGGAAGCUCCGGUUCCCAUGGAGGCAACAGCAGCCCAACCAACAAAGGGUGUUGCUGUUGUCACUGUGGCAAGUUCUCCUAGGACAGCACGCAGAGCUUCGUUGCCCACGACACGAUAUGGCAUCUCUCCUGGAGACCUGUUUAUUGAGCAACAAGCUCAAAAUAUCCUCAGCAGACAGGGGGAGUCUAAAGGUGACCAGGUUCCCAUGGAGACUGAUCCAAUUGUCAGCAGUGACGGGGAGAGAGGAGCACGUCGGCCCAGACGUUAUAUUUCCCCUGGUGAUGACAGGAAGUCAUCUGAGAGGUUUAGAACCCAGCCAAUUACAUCAGCCGAAAGGCUGGAGUCUGAUAGGUCCCGUCUUAGUCCAGAGCUUCAACAUGCAGAAUUGGAUGAAGAAAAAAUGGAUGAACGAGCUAAAAUGAGCGUGGCAGCCAAGAGGUCUCUUUUCAGGGAGCUGGAGAGGACUUCAGAGGGAGGUGUACCCAAACCUCGGUCACGCAAUGCUGCAGUUGAACGGAGACUAAGACGAGUGCAGGAUCGUUCACGAACACAGCCAGUCACGUCAGAGGAAGUUGUCAUUGCUGCUACUUCCCCUGCUCCCCCUUCCCAAGUCAUCACUGUUCAAACCACUGCUCCCAGAAUCCCCAGUCCUGCCGUAGUCAGCACUUCCAUGACUAGCUUCAGUUUGCAGGCUUCAUCAGCACAUGGAUCGGCCCACCAUGAGCAGGAGAAAGAAGAUGUUUCAAAGGAGGCGGUUGCAGGAGAAGAGGGCUUGGGGCCUGAUGAACCGGACCUAUCAGCACUAAGCCUGGCUGAGAAGAUGGCAUUAUUCAAUCGCUUGUCGCAACCCUCUGGCCAAUCAGCAAACGGCCCCCGCUCUGACACACGCCAGCGUAGGGCCAACGCCCGCUUUCAGACCCAACCUAUUACCCAGGGCGAGGUUGAUCAGGAACUUACAAAAGAUGUAGAUCCGUCCAGUCUCACAGUUCAACCCGCUGUGACUAAUGAUUCUGUUGGUCCCCCUCAGAGCGAGCAACUGCAAAAUGGAAGCGUGAGGUUGGAGCCUCUCUCUGCAUCACUGGUCCGCUCUGUUACCGCGGUCACCGCCCAGGCCUCUGUUGCCAUGGUGACAAGCGCUUCCCCAUCAAUGACCGCAGAUGUUCGCAUGGGGAUGUCGGCAGCUCCGCCCUCCACUCAGGCCUCACCCAAUCAGACUCAGCUUCCAGCCUAUGAGAGAGGAGUUCGAUACUUCAGUCUUACAGAGAGUGGGGAAAAUCCCACACCUGAUGUUCAGUCUCCGCCCCCCGCAGUGCAGCCCGGCCAAUCAGCAUAUGGCAAGGGUGGGGCCGCGCUGAUUUCAGCCAAUGGCCAGAGGCAGGACGAAAGUGGGCGGAGGGGAAGACUUGGCUAUUUAGGGAGAGAGGAGAGAGAUACAGAGCUCCCCAGUGCGACUUCCCCUCCACACACACAUGCACUCAGACACACACCCCCUCACGGCAGGGGAGAUGCAGAGCUGAGCGGCCCGCGGGAGAGGGAAAAAGAAAGCACACCCGUCUCACAGGGAGGCUACCUUUCACCAGACACUCAUCAGACGGCAAGAGGAAAUGGUACCAGAGCCGUCGUCUCAGAUGUCCCUGAUCCCAGCGUUCCCGUGAGGGCGGUGAGCACUGCUGCAGUCUCCUCCAGAAGUUCUUCACACGCCUCACACUCCCUCACUUACCUCCAGCAAACCCAGUCAUACACUCCUCCGCAACCUCAACCAAAACCAGCACAGCACCCUCAAGUCUACACAGCGACACCCACCCGACCCCAAACACAACCCUACAGCCCGCCGACACCGCCACAGACACAGGCCAAGCUACAAACACACCUCGUUUCUGACUUUAAACCUCUUGCCCACAUUGACUCGGCUCCUCCUCAGGCUCCUCCACGACAAACUCAGGUGUACUCUGAACCCCAACGGCAGACACAACCCCGAGUACCGCCGCAGACACAGCCAAAACCACAAUCCUUUCUUCCACCUCAGUUACAUGCCUACGUUCCCUCUCAACCCAAGGUACCCCCUCAAACCCAGCCAAAACCCCAGUGCUUCAUACCACCUCAAACACAACCCCAAGAAGAGAUCCUGGGAAAAUACGGCCCAUCUGGAACCAUCGUCUCCAUAGACCAAAAGCCAGAUAUCCAGGAAGAUCCAGAGGCCAUGUCAUCUAUGUCAAUCAAAGAGAGGUUAGCCAUGUUGAAGAAGAGUGGAGAGGAAGAUUGGAAAAACAGGAUAAACAAGAAACAGGAAGUUGUACAGGAAGUGGUGUCUGUAAGCGAGAAGAGUAGUCAAAUAGUGGAGGAGCAAGGCUUUAAGAAAAAGGAUGAGACUGUUAUCACUGAAUUCACAUCAUCUGAGCAGCUCUGGGAGCCUGUCUUUUCCUCCACCUACUCUCCUCCUCCUCUCCCAUCUACCCCAAAAUGCCAAUAUGUAGAACAUCAAGGCCAGAAACUUGAAGAGGGGGAGGGGCAGAUGUCCAUUGAAGAGAGGAAACAUAUGAUCUCGACGCGAGAGGAGGCGUGGCAGAGCACAGGGAAGGGCGUGGCCAAUGACUCGGCCCAGUACACGGUGGCUGCCAGGAUGGUGAAAAAAGGCCUGGCUGCUUCCUCUGCAGUGAUCAGCCCGAAUCUGUCUCCAGUCUCUGCUAAACUGAAGAGCAGUGUGCCGGCUAUUUCUAAACCACAGGAAGAAAUUGAGGCCAGAGCAGAAAUGGAGUCUGAUAAGAAGUUGGAAAAGCUGGAGACGUUUCUGGGGCGUUUGAACAGUAAAGUAUCAGGUUUGCAGGAGACGACUCUGACGGUGACAGAAAAGGCAGUGAAGGAAGUGAUGCGAUUGGAUGAUGAGGUCUUUUCAAAAUUUUACCGCCACAUGACAGAUAUUCCCCGCAGCAUGAGUAGCAGAAUGCAUCUGGAUGAGGACUUUGAUGCCAUCUUUGGAAAACAAACACCAAUGUUGACAUCGGCGAUGGUGCAGCACAAGCGGGCUGUUCGUCCCUCUCGUAAUGUCCAGGCAUCCAGGAACCCCUUAAAGAUUCUCGCUGCAAGAGAAGACAUCCGGCAGGAGUACACAGAGCAGAGACUGAACGUCGGGCAGCUGGAGAGCAAGAGAAUUAAACAGGAGAAAAUGAGCAAGAGCUCCAGUUUGUCAGAUGCAGCCCUGGCUGGUUUGGCCAGUAAAGAAAGCUACAGCAGCGUGAGUCUGCGCAGUGUCAGCAUCUCAGAGCAGAUGACCAAUAACAGCGCAGCUCCCUACAAAAAACUCAUGCUCAUGCAGGUCAAAGGUCGACGGCAUGUCCAGACUAGACUAGUGGAGCCCAGAGUGUCCUCUCUGAACAGCGGUGACUGUUUUCUACUGGUUACACCUGAACACUGUUUCGUAUGGAUUGGAGAGUUUGCAAAUGUUAUUGAAAGAGCCAAGGCAUCAGAACUGGCCACUUUCAUCCAGCUGAACCAUGACCUUGGUUGUCGAGCAGUGCUAGUGGAGACGAUUGAAGAAGGAGUCAAUGCACAAAGCCCCGCAGCUGCAGAGUUCUGGAAGAUCCUGGGAGGACCAGCCAGCUACCAAACGGCUGGAUCUCCAGACGAGGAUGAGAUGUUUGAAAGUGCCAUUGUGGAGACAAACUGUAUCUUCCGUCUGGUGGAUGAUAAACUGCUUCCCGAUGAUGAUUUCUGGGGGAAAGUGCCUCGUAGUUCACUGUUGGGAUCUAAAGAGGUGAUAGUAUUUGAUUUUGGUAGUGAAGUGUACGUAUGGCAUGGAAAAGAGGUCACACUGCCACAGAGGAAGGUGGCGUUUCAGUUGGCCAAGCAUCUUUGGAACGGGACCUUUGAUUAUACCAACUGUGACAUCAACCCUCUGGACCCUGGAGGACACAACACACUCAUACCAAGGAAAGGUCAGGGUCGUCCAGACUGGGCCAUAUUUGGCAGACUGACUGAACAUAAUGAAACAAGUCUGUUUAAAGAGAAGUUCCUGGACUGGAAAGAUGUUUCCAGACUGUCACCUAAAAAUGUCAUCGAACAUCCAUUCCAGCAGAAGGAGUCUCCGGGCUCAGAUUCUCGUUCUGAGUUCCGGGCGUACAGCGCCUCUCUGAUGCUGCCAGUCCUGCAGUCGCCCAUCAGCACGAUUCUGGACGGUCAGGACGUGGGUCGUGGGCACGGUCCGGUGGAGAACGGCUUGGACGACUGCCUGCGGUCUCUGGAGAUCAGCACUGUUGCCGUUGAUGUCUGGCACAUCCUGGAGUUUGACUACAGCCGACUGCCCAAGCAGAGCAUUGGCCAGUUUCACGAGGGAGAUGCUUAUGUGGUGAAAUGGAAGUACAUGGUGAGCGCCGCAGUGGGCAGCAGACAGAAGCCAGACCAGGUGCGCAGUGCGGGUCCCGGUAGGGAGAAGUGCUGCUAUUUCUUCUGGCAGGGCAGAAACUCUACGGUCAGUGAGAAAGGAACAUCUGCGCUCAUGACUGUUGAGCUGGACGAAGAGAGAGGAGCACAGAUGCAGGUCCAGCAGGGGAAGGAGCCGCCCUGUUUUCUGCAAUGUUUCAAUGGCGGGAUGGUCGUGCAUUCUGGGAAGAGAGAAGAAGAUGAGGAGAACAUUCAGAAUGAUUGGCGUCUAUACUGUACACGUGGUGAGAUACCUGUUGAGGGCCACCUGCUGGAAGUGGCUUGUCACUGCAGCAGUUUGCGAUCUCGCACAUCAAUGGUCCUUCUGAGCAUCAACAAAGCCCUCAUCUACCUGUGGCAUGGCUGCAAAACACAAACACACACACGGCAUGUAGCUCGAACCGCCGCAGACAAGAUCAAAGAACAACGACCGCUGGAGGCUGGACUUCACAGCAGCUGUAAUGUGACCAUUCAUGAAUGUGAGGAAGGAGGCGAGCCAGUGGAAUUCUGGGAAGCAUUAGGCAGGAAGGAUCGUAAGGCCUAUGACUGCAUGCUGCAAGACCCUGGCAAGUUUAACUUCACUCCGCGUCUGUUCCAGCUCAGUAGUUCUUCGGGUGAGUUUGUAGCGCAGGAGUUUUUCAACCCAUCCAGAGCUGCAGACCUUGUUUGUUCCCUGCCGUUCCUACAGGAGGAUCUGUACUCUGCCCCGCAACCAGCUCUGUUCCUAGUGGAUAACUAUCAUGAAGUUUACCUGUGGCAGGGCUGGUGGCCGCAGGACACAGAAAGCACCGGCUCUGCCCGCAUCCGCUGGGACUCAGACAGAAAGUGCGCUAUGGAAACCGUGUUGCAGUACUGCAGAGCAGAGAAGAACGAGAAGAAGCCUCAGAAGUCGUACCUGAUCCAUGCUGGACUGGAGCCUCUGACCUUCACAAACAUGUUCCCCAGCUGGGAGCACAGGGAGGACAUUGCUGAAAUCACAGAGAGGGAGGCAGAGGUGUGUAACCAGAUCAUUCUCGUGGAGGAUGUUUUGGCUCGACUCUGUCAGAGCACUUAUCCUCUAGCAAUGCUGCAAACCCGUCCCCUUCCACACGGCGUCGACCCUCUGAGACUCGAGAUGUACCUGACCGAUGAGGACUUUGAGAGAGUGUUAGACAUGAAGAGAGAAGAGUUUGACGUUCUACCCGGAUGGAAGCAAGUGAACCUAAAGAAAGCCAAAGGACUCUUUUAAAAACCUGACGAAAAUCAUCACGGUGACAGAAUUAUCACUGUCCACUUCCUCCAUGACCACCGGUUCUGCGGUCACCUCGGCAUUUUGACCUCUUUCGGUUAAUGGAGGUGUUUGUUCACUAAAAGCAGGGUAAACGGUCAGGUCAAAGGUCACUUUAGGAUCUACAGAUGCACCUGCUGUGGCGUCCACUUUUGAUGUAUCUAUUAAGUCUGUGGAGGUGAUGUCUGUGUGUGUCUCCUCAUCAUGUUCAUGUACAACGAUUUGCAGUCUGUGAGCAGUGCGUAACAUCUAAAACAAGUGUUUAUCUCUUGAAGUACGUGGAAUCAAACCGUUCGCUCACCUUUCCACCUGGUCUGAUCUGCAAUGUGUUUUUGUUGUUACGUGUACGUUUGAUAAGUCUGCUGAAAAAUUGGAAAUUGUAUAAACUUUGUAGCAAACAAAGAAACGGCAGAAAAUCCUGUGUGAUCGCUCUUAAUGUUGUCAUAUGUCUUAGGAUAUUCCUUUUUGAUUCGAGGGGAGUUUACAUGCCGCGUCUGUAUUUUUUGUGUGUUCUUCUCGUGUGAAUGGCUGUUGCUUGUGGUGGUGAUGCUCUCUUCUUCCUGAGGUGUGAGGGACGUCAUGUUUGUUUGUAUUCGGACAGCAUGGAGUAAUGAAAAGACGAGAGAAAGAAAAGAUAUUAAUUUAAAUGUACAGUAUAGUGCCUUGCUUUUGUGUACAGUUUCUAUACCAAACACACACUAGUCUGCAUUUCAGAGACUUUCUUUGUGAUAAAAGAAAUAGUGAAUAAAGAAAGCAUAUUAAAAACAAAA